UGUCAUAUAUAUGCCUUUCUUGGAAUAAAAAUUUUCGUUAACAUGGGACAAGGAGUCUCAUUGAAACAUUCAAAUGGUUCACCAAGAAAAAAGAAACGCAUAUCAAUUAUACAAAAUGAUAUCCAAGAUUCUGAAAAACUUGGAGAUACUCUUACCAAUACUCAAAUGGAGAUUGACGGUGCCACUAAAGGCGAAGGCUUCAGGUCUUACUACAUAACUAAGAUAGAGGAGUUACAACUCAUAGUUGCCGAAAAAAGCCAAAAUUUACGUCGUCUACAAGCACAAAGAAAUGAACUAAAUGCAAAAGUUCGAAUGUUGAGAGAAGAAUUAAUGCUGCUUCAAGAACAGGGGAGUUAUGUUGGUGAAGUAGUUAAACCAAUGGACAAAAAGAAAGUCCUCGUUAAGGUGCAUCCUGAAGGAAAAUUUGUAGUAGACAUUGACAAAAACAUUGACAUUAAUGAUGUGACACCAAACUGCCGAGUUGCAUUGAGGAACGAGAGUUAUACUUUACAUAAAAUUUUACCUAAUAAAGUCGAUCCCCUUGUAUCUUUGAUGAUGGUUGAAAAAGUACCUGAUUCAACUUACGAAAUGGUGGGAGGCUUAGAUAAACAAAUAAAAGAAAUCAAAGAGGUUAUCGAAUUACCUGUGAAACAUCCUGAACUAUUCGAUGCCCUUGGUAUAGCACAGCCCAAAGGGGUGCUUCUUUAUGGACCACCAG